AGAUGGGAGACCGCGCGGAAGUCAGCAGCAGUGUUCCACGAGGAGCUUCGUGGAAACCAUCCUCACGCGGCAAACCAAGACCACACAGCCACUUGUACGUGGUGGCCACUGCCGAACGAGGACGUCGGCGGUGGCAGAGGCAGAGGUCAGCCUCCCAUCUCCUAGCUCUCUUCCGCCCUCUCUCUUCUCGCAUAUUCUGUGUCGCGGCUGCUCCGGUAGGGGCCGGUGUUUAGGGGCGAGGCUGGCCGCCGGAUUUCGGGGCGCGGAGACCCGGCGAAUUUUGGGGGCUCGGCGGUGGCGAAUAUCUGAGGGUAGAGGCAGCUGCAAUGGCUCUGUGGACUGGGCUGGGUCAGGCGGCGACCGUAGCGCAGCUGGUUGGCGCAGAUGUCGGCGGGCUUAUCUCUAUGAUCAUGCAGGCUGCGCUGACAGCCCGGCAGAACCGAAAAGAGUGCGAGCAGCUCGCGCGUCGGGUCCUCAUGAUCGCGCAGCUGCUGCCGCACGUGCAGGACCCCGAGGCGGCGCAACAGCUGGCCGGGCUGGGCGACACGCUUCGGGACGCCCACGAGCUUGUCGUAUCCUGCCAGGGGCGCAGCGCGGCCUACCAGUUGGUCAUGGCCGGCAGGCAGGCCGAGAGUUUCAGGGAGGUGCAGAGGAAGAUCGAGUUCUACCUCAUCAUCUUCCCUGUGAUCAGCCACAUUGGCAUAACACGCCGCCUUGAACAAAUCUACAAGGUCCUUGUUCAAGAUGACUCCACGAGUGCUGAACCGUCUCAACUUCCACAGUCAUCCCAGCUGCAGAAAUCUACAAAGCUUGGUCAGGAGAUAAUUACACCCGGAAUCCAGGAAUUCACGUUCGCAGAGAUAAUGGCUGCCACCAAUAACUUCUCCCUUGACACCAUUAUCGGUGAAGGCGGCUUUGGAACGGUGUACCGUGGCAGGCUUCACGAUGGGCAAGAGGUGGCUGUGAAGCGCAUGAAGAAUUUGCAGUCGAGGAAUUUAAAGGAGGAGUUCUACACAAACACUUUUCGGGAGAACUAUGGCUCAAGCAAUUUACAGGAGGAGUUCCAGACGGAGCUCGACAUCCUAUCACGUCUCCCACACAAACACAUCAUCCGCCUACUUGGGUCAUGUGUGACUGUGAGCAAGGACAAGCUCCUACAAGACACUACGCAAAAGAAGAAAAAGGGCCUGCUAACAAGGCGGAGAAAGGAGCCGGAAGAGCCGGAGAGGUUGAUCGUAUAUGAGUACAUGCAGAACGGCACGCUCUUCGACCACCUGCACUGUGACCACGGCAUAUCUGAGCUGUCGCCGGUGACUUUGUCAUGGGCGAUGCGCAUCAAUGUGCUCCUCGGCGUGUCGCGGGCCGUGGAGCACCUGCACUCCCAUGCCAGGCCACCGAUCAUCCACCGUGAUACCAAGUCGGCUAACAUCCUUUUCGAUGCCAAUUGGGUGCCGCAUUUGUCGGACUUUGGCUCGUCAGUCGCAUGGGACACGGCGGUGAAUGUCUCCGAGGUUGUAGGCACAGUCGGGUACAUGGCCCCCGAGUACAUGGCCCGUGGUCAUCUGAGUCCUAUGAUUGACGUGUACAGCUUGGGCGUGGUGAUGCUCGAGGUUCUGACAGGAGAAAAGGCAGUUUCCCAAGAGAGGAAAUUUGGAGGUCUUCACAUCCUAACGGAUUUUCUAGACAGGCGACAUGUAUCCAUCGUACCGGAUUUUCUGGACAGGCGACCUGUGCCGGAGCCAACCCCAUGGCAGCUGCAGGCGCUGAAGCGUGUGGCAUGGACGGCACGAUGCUGUGUGAAGUUGGAUGUGAAGGACCGGCUGGCCAUAUCAGACGUCGUUACCAACCUUGAGAUGGCACAUGAGUGGAUCUGCAGAGACGAGCCAGGUUCAGUACACGAUGCAGGUUUGGUUGAGGAGUUUUCAGACUCGCCACACAACUCACCACGUUCCAACAGCGUAUCAUCAGCAGGCUUCGCAUACCAGUCCGAUCUGGAAUCUGAGGUGUUGGAGGAGGGGCGUUGACACCAAUCCUUGGAGGCACUAGUAGAGAACAGACCUUUUAUCCAGCACCUCUGGGAGCAACAGUUCCGGUUUUGACACGGGCCGGGACCAGUGGGGGGCAUUGAUCCCGGUACGUUCGGCGCGGAGCGAUCCCACCCUCUGAUUGUUGGAAAUAUGCCCCAGAGGCAAUAAUAAAUUGGUUAUUAUAUAUCUUUGUGUUUAUGAUAAAUGUUUAUAUACCAUGCUAUAAUUGUAUUAACCGAAACAUUGAUACAUGUGUGUUAUGUAAACAACAAGAAGUCCCUAGUAAGCCUCUUGUAUAACUAGCUUGUUGAUUAAUAUAUGAUCAUAGUUUCGUGAUCA